AUGUGGGCUGCUACAAUGCCUUAUUACUCAGAAUACCAGUCGGAUCGUUCCAGGCGCGAUACAAACCAGAAUGCUCAAGCCAAUGCCAGUAAUGAUGUCCAUGGCUACCGCGAUGUAUCCCCCCACACCCGGCACUCACCCAUCGAUCUGGACGAAUACAUGGUGCCAGCCAUAGAGGGCCCUCCAUCACCCGAGAGAAUUCGCCAAUUGAGCAAGCAGAUGAAACAUGCGUCUCACCUUAAUCGAGGUCACCGGGCUGUAUCGUCUGGGUCUUCGUCGUUUGUGAAUAGUGAGCGAGGAUGGGAGCAGGGAUUCGAAAACAUGAGCAUUACUCGGCACUCAUCCCAGCGAUCUACGACUAGCGGAACUUCUUCCUCUCGAGACCGACCCGACAGUGUGCAAGUACUGGGCAAGAAUAUCUUCCAUCGCCGUGCAAAGUCGAGCAAGUCAGGACGUUCGAGACGUGAGAGCAGCGCCCAGAGCUCAUCGGGAAGUUCAUUGUACUCGACUGAAUUGAGCAGCGAAACUUCCUUGACCACCUUCAAGGACGCCAUCAUGCCUACUAUCUUUGCCCGCCGGAAAACAUCUCGCGACGAGACAGCCCUACAGAAGAAGCUUCAGAUAUCUGGGCCUUUCAACUUUCAGCAUGUGACCCAUACUCCACGCGAACAGGUAGCCAACUCAGCAUCUCGUACUCCUGGACAGGAGCAACCCCAACCCAACUUCUACUCAGACCGUGUUGUCGAGCACGAAGUAUCUCCCCGUAGUUCAAGAGCCUCUAACCUUCCACGUCGAUUGAUCAAGCACGCUCGAUCCCAGGAGCAGCUCCGUACCAGCCCACCUCGGCCAGUCCGACCCCCAAGACCUCCUCCGCUUGAGCCACUUCACUCUCCUACUCUGGGUGCCCCUAUUCCUCCCCCAAGAGGCUCAAGCCGACAGUCCAGCCUGCAAGAUGGUGACGCACUUGCAGUGGCAAGGUUUGAUCGUCCACUGACGAGCGGUGGGUUCCGACACCCUCAGCCUUUCAGCCCUAGUGAGAUCAUGGAGCGACCUCCAGCAACAUCUCAUGGUUAUGCCGUAGCUCCUGAGCAGGCAGUAUUGCCAGUAGACGAUCACCGAUUCUCGCAUGCGAUCACCACACCAGAUGAUGCAGCCUGGCCACUUCCGGUAACCGCAACUUAUGAGCCACCAUUGCCAGAUGUGCCAGAGGAGGAAGAACAUAUGGUAAACAUUGGACGAUCACCAAAGAGUAUCAUCAGUACCAGGUCUUCGCUGCGUGCUAGCCAAUCGGUCCCUCUUCUUCGGGGCUCCCAGACUCUCGAGAAUGAUGCUGCCCAACACAGUGCUGGACACUACAGCGGCCAAGCUCACUCCUUUAGAGAGAGCUGGGAGGAUGAUAUCGACUACUGCUACGAGCACGAGGCCGAUGCCAACUUCGAUUACGAGUGGGAGAGACCGUCGUUGGAAGGUGGACGAGAGCAUGCACCUGGAGUUCAAAUGGCAUUGUUUAAAGAUGAUGAGUUGAGGGAGCUACCGACCAUCGGCACUGCUGAGUCGUCUCCCGGUAUGCUUUCCGCGUCCCGUUUUGAUAUGCCGGCUCUAAGCCCCGCUAGUCAGGCUUCGCCGGAGAGUGCCUUCGAGGCCGUCACUCCAAGCACGGGAGUCGCUGUGACAAAUAACUUCUCGCUCCCACGCGGUGACAAGGUCCACCGACCAUCCAAUCUUAGCCAUUGUCGAAACGACUCUCGAGCAUCCAGCUUCAAGGAGUCGUAUGGCUUCACCCUGUCCCCUUCGCUACUCAUCCCUGGUGACUAUCAUCAACAGAUGCUCCUCAAUGAGACUGAGAGACAGAGCUAUUCGGGUGAGGAUGAUGUGGUUCAUGGUAUCGUUGACCCCAACUACCCCUAUGAGGAUGUCAGCAACGCUGCCAGCCGCAACUCUCUUCAGAUGUCUCAUCAGCGCGCAAGCACUUCCACUACAGCUACCAACUCUACAUCCCUCUCUGACUCAACUGGAGAGCGUCAUGUCUCUACCAACUCCACCUGGACUAACUUGACUCGCCUCACCAGCAGCACGUCAUUGAACAAGUGGGUUGAGUCAAACAAGACAAUCCGCGAGUCACAGAUCAUCAAAUCACACGAUGAUAGCGACGAAGAAGACACUACUCCUCCUGCCUCUACUGAGAAGGACACAGUCCCUGAGCUCACACCAUUCCCCUCUGUGCCCAUCACCAAGAAGCCUCACCACAGGAGCCACGCAAGCGAGUCUAUCGUCAGGGAUGAUAUCCCCAACAACACCAAGUCUGUCGAGCUUCCCAAGACCCGACGUCCUCGUGCUAGAACAACAAGUCUAAGCACCCAGGCCCCUCCUGUGGGUCAAUAUGCACUAUUUCCCCGUACAUAUGCCAAGGGCAAUGGCGAUCGUAUCUAA